AUCUUAUGUAGCUUUGUUACAUCAAUCUUCAAAUAGUAACUAGGAUUACAAAUAGCCAGCCAUUAAUUCACAGUGCUUAACCAAAUUAUCCAACUGGAGAUGCCCAACUUAAGUGUCCACAAAGAGACAGAGCUGUGGUCUCAUUGGGGUCAUGGAGAAAAGGGGAGGAGAAAUGCAAAGAGGCCAAGUGUGGGACACUUAAAUUAGAGGGGUCCAGACUUCAUUUUUGGACUUUAACUCGUUGCAUUGUGUGCUUGCAGAAUCCUUUUUGGCCUUUUUGGGGCCUCCAGCUACAGGGUUACCAAAGGAUUUUUUUGAACUUAUAAGGAAGUUGGCUAUUAAAGAAAAAUCCAACAUCUUUUCUUAACUUUGACAAGAAGAAGUUCUGCUGCCCCUUUGAGGUCAAAUCUGAAGAGCCAUGUCAACAAGCUCGACACCAAGUGAUCUUGAGGAUGACGAGAUAUUUAAUGGAAGGAGCUCCACAAAAGUGAGGAAAAAUACCUGCUUCAGUUCCAGACGGUAUUCAGAGAGGGAAGAGGAUGAAGAGGAGAGGGGCAUCGAGCAGGAGCGCAGCAGGCUCUCCAAAACUCACCCAAAGGAGGCACGGCAGUCCCAGAGAAAUGCUGCAAACGCAAGGGAGAGGGCAAGGAUGAGAGUCCUAAGCAAAGCCUUCUCCAGACUGAAAACCAGCCUGCCCUGGGUUCCUGCCGACACUAAACUGUCAAAACUGGACACACUGCGUCUCGCCUCCAGCUAUAUCUGUCACCUGAGACAGAUUCUGCAGGAAGACCGGUUGGAGAACAGCUGUGCACAUCCCGUCAGUCUGACAUGGCCCUUUAUGUCGUCAGGGAGAUCAGAGGAGGACAUCUCAUCCGCUCUAAGACUUUGUGGGGCUACAGCAUAGUCCAUCCCUCUUCAUUAUGCUGCUAUCAACCAGAACCUUCAGAACUGACUCCAAAGUAAUCCUCUGGGCUUUGCCGUCAUAAUGAACUGUCUUUAUGUUAUGUUGUUAAAUAACUCAUGACAGAACAGUGAUGUUUUAUUGUUUACCUGUGUAAUAUUCAGAACUUUCAUAAGUUCUUGAGUGAUUUUUAAUUUCCAAUAUUUGGAUAUCUUUAUUAUCACUUUUAGCUGUGCACUGAUUUAGAGUAUAAUUUAAUAGCAUGGGUUUGAUUGAACACCAACUAGACUGGUUAAUGUUAAACUGAGAAAGCCUAUAGAGUGCUGGUCAAGCCGUAUUGACUAAUCAUAAUACUUUAGGAUUACAUCAAAAGGGCAUUUCCCAAAAGGGGAGGUACACUCCUGGGGGGGUUGGGGGAGUUGCAGUGUAAUUUAGGGGGAGAGUGGUAGAUAUUAACGGGAAAAAAAAAAAACAUUUUCAAAGGUAAUCUUUAAAAGAAGUAUUGUUUAGAAUAUCGAAAUUCUGCUAAACUGAAACUUAAGCAGGUACUGUAAAAUUAAAGGUGGUAGUCUUGUGAUUUUUAAUAGAGCUGAUGGUGGUUUUGGUCAGGAUGGUGAGCAUGUCAAACUACAAGCCUACCUAGUUCAUUUGGAUUUCAUCAAUCCAUUUUCUCCCACCUAGUCCUUGUCAUGGUUGCUGUGGGUCUGGUGCCUAUCUUUGGCAGUCUAUGGGCAAGAGGCGGGGCACAUCCUGGACAGGACACCCUGCAACAGACUGGUGACAAUGGACAAUGUAGAGAAGCCAAUUAACCUAAAAGUCAGGUUUUUGCAUUGUGGAAGGAAGCAGGAGUAGCAGGAGAGCACCCAUGCAUGCAUGAAGAGAAAAUGCAAACACCAAGCAGAAAGACCCUGUGCCAGGAAUUGGCCCCACAACCUUCUUGCUGCAAGGCAACAGUGCUACCCAAUGCAACACCAUCCGAGUUAAAACACUUCUUAUCCUAAGUGAAUCAAAAAUGCUAAGGUUAUCUGGUAAGAGCCAAGGAUAUGUUUGUAUGUUUGUCUCUGCUAUCAUUUGUAAUGUUUUCAAUCUAAAAAAAAAUUCCAAGUUGGGUCAUUUUUAUCUAAUUGAGCGGAUUUAUAGACCAAUAAUAUGUACAGUGGCUGAAGGGGGACCAACACCAUGUAAAUACACAAUUUCACACCAGAUUAGAAUGUCCUUCAGACUCAAAAAUAUAACCAGCAAACUCAAAGAUUAAACAAAUAAACACAAAAAUUAGACUAGUUAGCAAGACAAACCCAAAACACACCUGCAAAGAAUAUAUACUGCAAAAUGCGUCAACAUACUACAAACACAAAUCCCCUGCAUUACAUAAAUGAUGCUAACACACAGACAUACGAGAUGCAUGAAAAUGAAAAAAUGUUGCAAAUAGCAAAACGAACAGCAAGUUAAGAAAAGCAUGAAACUAGCGAUGCAUAAUGGAAGUGCUUCAGGGGAGACUAGUCAUCACCUGAUUUGGGAUUAGACCUUUUGAAAAGACAUAUACGGGAUGCUAUGGGAGGGUAAAUGUUGAAAAAUACUAAAAAGAAAACGUACCUUUCCUUCUUUUCUCCAGAUGACCUCUGGAAGGCAUCUCAUUUAUGUUUUUUUGCUAAGGAUCUGGUCCAUAGACAGUAAAUCAUAGUAAUUGCUGUGUUUUGGUUGUGAAUGGGUGAUGAUCGUCUCCCCAUAUUGAUCUGGAGAACUUUCAUUAUGAGGUGCCAGUUUGCAGUGUUUUUUAGCUUACAUUAGUUUUUGCUACCCACAGCAUUUUUACUUUGCAUGUGUUUUGUGUCAUCUGUGUUUUGGGCAGCUUUUGUGUUUGCAGCAUAUUUCCCCAGUGCUGUUCUCCAAGUUGCGUUUCUUUGUUUGUUUGUUUUUUACUUGCAGAAUUUUUGUCAGGUGUUUUGCUUGUGUUAGUCUCAUUUUUGUGUUUGCUAGUCUCAUUUUUGAGUCUCCAGGAAAUGUUGAAUUUGCAGUUAAAUCAUGUAUUUAUAUGUUUGCAGCCCUUGAUCAUCAUAAAUUUUUACUAAAUGAAAGGGAACUAAUAGUUACACAACAAAUCCAAGCUAUUGUGAAAUGAUCAACUGCUAUCACUUUAAAGAAAUGAUACAAUGUUAUGUGUCUGGACUAAGUGAUGGGUCUUUUUCUAAAUAAAUAUAUAUGCAAACAUUUCAUCAUUCUAAAAAAUGUUAUUAGCGGUAAACAGCACUUACUGUGUUAACAUUAAUUGCUGAGAGGACAUCCAGUUUCAAAGAACUUCAGAAUUCAUUUGCAUUUGUUGGUGCAAUUAGUAGCACAUUUUGACAUGCACUAAAUAGUAAAUAGCAUCAAUGAGCGUAAGUUGCAUUCUUACAAGUUUUGUUCAUUGUUGGAUUUUUCUUUGUCUGCAUUUGAUUUUUUUUCAGACUUGCAAUGAUGGGCCAACAUUACAAUUGUCCCAGGAUCACAACCUCUUUCGAAAUGAUACUAAACACCAGGCUCAGCCAUUUAUUUUCCGCUCGUU